GUGGUUGAGGUAGUUGAUGAUGUAGUGUAGCAACCAAAAGUCAAGUAAAGGGCAAAGUGGUCAAGGUUUACUUCUUUUACUUUUAAAAGUAGUUUGAGAGAUUCCUUCCCUUCGCGAUGAAUAAGGGUGGAAGGGCAAACCUCCAGAGUUAUCGAAUAAAUACUCGCAAAGGAAUUGGAGACCGCCCUAUACGAUUUAAAUGCUCCUUACAAAACACCAUUGCCGAUGUACUGCGAUCCAAAAACUGGGUUGAAGUUAAAGAGGAUGAUUUUGAUUUUGACUUUUUCUGGGCGGACCGGGGUUGGAUGAAAGAUUACUUUGAUCAAUGCUACAUGGAGGAUCAUGUCCGCCUCAACCACUUUCGUAAUCACUAUGAGUUGACCCGCAAGAACUUGAUGGUGAAGAAUCUGAAACGUUAUAAGAAGUUUUUAGAGAGAGAAGUCAGCAAGGUGGAAGCGUCUUAUUGCGACUUCUUCCCAACAACAUUUGAACUUCCGUCCGAGUACCACAUGUUUGUGGACGAGUUCAAGAGGAACCCAGGGUCUAUCUGGAUUAUGAAACCCGUCGCUAAGUCUCAAGGAAAAGGAAUCUUCCUCUUCAAGAAACUCAAAGAUAUUACGGAUUGGAAGAAGAGUGAUAGCUAUCGGCCGAGAGAUAGCAAAGAUGAGGAUAAAGAGCAGCCCGAGACGUACAUAGUGUCUCGAUAUGUGGAGAGACCUUACCUCAUCGGUGGUCGCAAGUUUGACCUAAGGGUCUACGUCCUGGUCACAUCAUAUAUUCCGUUGAAGGCAUGGCUGUACAGGAGCGGGUUCGCCAGGUUCUCCAACUCCAGAUUCUCUCUAGAAUCAAUUGACGACACUUUUGUGCAUCUAACCAAUGUGGCAGUGCAGAAGACGGCACCAGACUACGACCCAGAGAAGGGCUGUAAGUGGUCAAUGCAACAGCUCAGACAAUUCAUGAUGGCCAAGCAUGACAUUGUGGAUGUGGAGGAAAUGUUCCGAGCAAUGACUGACAUCUUCAUCAAGAGCCUUCACAGCGUACAGAAGAUCAUGAUUAAUGAUAAACACUGCUUUGAACUGUAUGGUUACGACAUCUUGAUCGGUGAAGACCUCAAACCAUGGUUGAUUGAGGUGAAUGCGUCUCCUUCACUCACAGCCAGUAGCCAGGAUGAUUACACCCUUAAGUUCGGUCUCCUUGAAGACAUGUUACACAUCAUCGACAUGGAGAACAAACUGACGGGCAAGGAGAAGAGAGUUGGAGGGUUUGAUUUGAUGUGGGAUGAUGGACCAGUCAUGGCGGAGGAGGGAGGAGUGGAUUGCAUCAGCCCACCCUCCUACUCAACAAAUACAUUCCUAGGAUGUCACAAUGACCGGAAGAGACAACUACGCCAGCUAUUCAAGCAUCUAACGGCAACCAGAAAGACAUGAAUACCACCAAAGCAGUCAAAACCCAAUUCUACAACACUGUAGAUAACACUGUGUGGUAAGCUUGGGCGAUACCACGAUAUUAUCGCCACCAUACUAAACUCAUGUAGUUGAAUAGUUUUAACUGGUUUGUUACACGUAUCUUACUAACUUACUAGUGUUGCAUCCAGCCAGAAAUUCACCACACACUUUGAAAAGUAAAAAAAAGCCUCCAUUAAAACCAGACUGUGGAAUAAAUAAUACUAUUUCCAUGACGAGUGUUUACCCAGGCCUCUGCAGUG